AUGGCAGGCCUGCUGUUCCUCAUCCUGCUCAGCGCCUCCCUGGCUGGCCUCCUAGUGCCAGGGGGAAGUGUGUUCAUCAACCGGGAGCAUGCCCACACCGUCCUGGAGAGGGCCCGGAGGGCGAAUUCGUUUCUAGAAGAGCUGAAGAAAGGAAACCUUGAAAGAGAGUGUUUGGAGGAGACGUGUUCCUACGAAGAGGCCCGAGAAGUCUUUGAGAACAUCGAGAGUACGAAUGAAUUCUGGAAUAAAUACAAAGAUGGCGACCAGUGUGAAAGCAAUCCUUGCCAGAAUCAGGGAGAGUGUAAAGACGGUCUUGGGGAAUACACGUGCACCUGUUCAGAAGGCUACGAAGGCAAAAACUGUGAAUUAUCCACACGGAAAUUCUGCAGCCUGGACAAUGGAGACUGUGACCAGUUCUGCAGCGAGGAGCAGAGCUCUGUGGUGUGUUCCUGUGCCAGUGGGUACAUCCUGGACGACAAUGGCAAGUCCUGCAUCUCUAUAGAGCCUUUUCCCUGUGGGAAACUCACUCUGGGACGGAGGAAGAGGUCAGUGGCCCAGGCCUCCCACAGCAGCAAGGAUCCCCCUGAAACUGACAUGCUGGAGCAGUACGACCCUAAAGACCUGCAUCCCACCAAGGACCCUUUCCACCUGCUUGACUUUAACAACACAGAGCCGAGCCCCGAAGAGGAUGAGACAAGCCUCAUCCGGAUAGUGGGUGGGAGGGACUGCAGAGAGGGCGAGUGUCCCUGGCAGGCUCUGCUCAUUAAUGAGGAGAACGAGGGCUUCUGUGGAGGCACCAUCCUGAAUGAAUUCUAUGUACUCACCGCAGCUCACUGUCUCCACCAAGCCAAGAGAUUCAAGGUGAGGGUAGGUGAACGGAACACGGAAAAGGAAGAAGGCAACGAGAUGGCACAUGAGGUGGAGAUGAUCAUAAAGCACAACAAGUUCGUCAAAGAGACCUAUGACUUUGACAUCGCCGUCCUCAAGCUGAAGAUGCCCAUCACGUUUCGCAUGAACGUGGCUCCCGCCUGCCUGCCAGAGAAGGACUGGGCCGAGUCGACGCUCAUGACGCAGAAAUCGGGCAUCGUGAGCGGCUUCGGGCGCACCCACGAGAAAGGCCGCACAUCUACCACCCUCAAGAUGCUGGAGGUGCCCUAUGUGGACAGGAACACGUGCAAGCUGUCCAGCAAAUUCGCCAUCACCACGAACAUGUUCUGCGCCGGCUACGACGCCAAGCCAGAGGACGCCUGUCAGGGGGACAGUGGGGGCCCCCAUGUCACCCGGUUCAAGGACACCUAUUUUGUCACUGGCAUCGUCAGCUGGGGAGAAGGAUGUGCACAGAAAGGAAAGUAUGGAGUUUACACCAAAGUCACCAACUUCCUCAAGUGGAUCGAUAGGUCCAUGAAAGCCAAGGCCAGGGCCCUGAGCCAGCAGGAGACCCCUACACCUACUCCCCAUUAA